AUGACAUCUUGGCCAGGAGCUAUACGGGAUCGUUUAUCCCGGCCGCCGUCCACAGCAGACUGCUAUGCCACUACUAGAAGUGAAGUCUGCCUUCCCAACAUUUCAUUUACCCCCAUCUCAAGGCUGGAAGAGUUACAAGGGGGUGCCCGAGUAUCGAGUUCCACAGCCUCAGAAAUCCUGCAACGAUUAUCGCCACUUCCUUCAGGUGCUUCUGCUCUAAAACCGACACCAACAGCCCCGUUAUUCGAAUCCUCCGGACUAGAUCUGGUAGAUAAGGACGAUGAAGUCACCGAAAGAGAGCCCUGGUCACCACAAAAUCCCCAAAAAUGGGAUGAAUAUGAUCCUUCGACCGGGUCAUCCGUCCCGUCCUUCCAGUUUCAGUACCCCCGGGAAAUAUAUGAACCAACCAACUGGUACAAUAUGCCUGCGCCGCCCCCUGAAUCAAUCCAUGACACCAGUGCCAAGGUGGGGAAGCUUAUAGGGGAAGUACUAAACGCACAUCAAGAUGUGUCAGCCAAGCGCUAUCGGAUCCGGGAAAUGCGGUAUAUGCUUCGACAAAAGCGUGACGAGGAAGAUGAUGUGCGGGUUGCAUUACGGAGCAGGUUGAAUCUCAUAACCGCCGAAAAAGUACAUGAGGAUCUUGCUGCUAUCAAUCACACUAUCAAUGACCUCCAGGUUGCAACAUCGUCUUAUUUUAUCCUUGAAAAUGAAUACCAUAGACAGGAAGAUGAACUGGCGCAGCUGGAGUACGAUUACGACGGACGAUUAGAAAGAUUGCAAACCAUCUUCAAGUAUCAAAGCGGCUUGUUGGCACAGCUCGAACCCAUUACCUCGGACACCGAAUCUUCCUCGGCAGACUACUCUUCUGACUAUGGAGAAGAAACGUUGCCCCAAGUGGCUGAUUACUUCUCCAUGGUUGGCGAGGCACACAUACUCAUGGAACGGCUGUCGGAGCUAGAGACAGAAUACCUGGUCCUAGUCGACCAACGUGAGCUCCGCGAACGAGUCGGCAUCUCACUCGACAGCGCGGCCCUUUCCUUUCUCCUUCGCUACCAAGAUGAAAAGACUAAAAUCGAGACCGAACUAGCACGAGUACGCCAUGAGGUUGAAUCGCACCCGGAACAUGCCAAUCGUUCCGCACAGAUCACAGAAGAGGAAGACAAUGAGGAGGAGGCAACACAGCACUUUAUGCCCGAGAAACCAGAGGACCAGACGUACAAUGAUCCGCUGCACUCCUCGGAAUUUGAAGAUUCAUCGCCUUUCUUUGCAUCCGCGCACCCACAGGCUGUCAACAAGGGCUCUUUCGUGAAUCGCUGGCUUCUUCAUCGGUUGCGGCACUCGAGAGUUGAGAUUAUGCGGUUUAAGUCUGCGCCUGAACUGGUGGAUCUGGGUAGCAAGGGCUGGGGGUCAGAUAAUAUUAGUAAGAUGGCGAUGAUGCUUUGGUUUCAGGAUGGAGCGGCGAGCGUGGAGCAUAUUAGGAGUCAAUCAGCUGGGUAG